GUGGCAGCUAGAGCUCUGUUCCUUAUCGCUGUGGCUUUAGGGGAUUCCCUCGAUGUGUGCCUCAAGGAUCUGGGCUGCCUGCGGGGCACUCAUAUGCCGGGAUAUCAGAAAGGAGAGUUCGAGGCCUUCAUGGGCAUUCCCUUUGCCCAGCCGCCAGUUGGUCCUCUUCGCUUCAAGAAUCCUGUGCCGGCCGAGGCCUGGGAGGGAGUACUCGACGCUGGCUCGGCAAAGGACGGCUGCUUGCAGAGAAACUACUUUGCUAACGAUUGGGAUGUGAGGGGGCUGGAAGACUGUCUCUACCUGAACGUCUACAGACCCAAGCAACGAGGUGCAAAUCCCUUGCCCGUGAUGUUCUACAUACAUGGUGGUGGCUUCUUCAGCGGCACUGGCCACCCAGUGGCAAGUGGACCUGAGUACCUAAUGGACACGGAGAAGGUGAUCAUGGUAACAGUUGGCUAUCGCCUGGGACCCUUCGGCUUUCUUAGCACUGGCGAUGAGCAUAUGCCAGGCAAUUUCGGUUUAAAGGAUCAGCGGUUGGCUUUGCAGUGGGUGCAGCAGCACAUAGCCGAGUUUGGAGGAGAUCCUCAGAUGGUCACCAUCCUGGGUCACAGUGCAGGGGGAAUAUCUGCCCACCUGCACAUGCUAAGUCCUAGUUCCAAGGGACUCUUUCACAAAGCCAUGUCCUUGACGGGCACCAUGUUUAUUCCAGCCAUGCAGAUCCCUGAGGAUCCUUUAAGUAUAGCCAGGCGGCUGGCCAAGGAGACUGGCAUCGAUCAGGCAGAGAGUCUAAGCAGCCGGGAUCUAGCACAAGCCCUCCGCGAUGUAGAUCCCACGAAGCUCCUCCUCAGUGUGGAUAGCUUCAAGAUGUAUGACAACCUGCCCCUCGUCAGCAUGCAACCAGUUUUGGAGGAGCCAUCUCCUGAAGCCUUCCUGGUCGAGGAUCCUCUAAAGGCCCAUCGCGAGGGUCGUAUCAACCAGGUGCCCUGGGUGAUCAGCCUCAAUUCCCGAGCUGGAGAGGGCGCCUUGACCUUGUUGCGCUCCUUCGCGUGCCCGAAGCGUAAGGCCGUCUUCAACGAGCAAUUCCUGGAACAUAUGGCCUUGGUGCUCAGUCUACCCAAAGGAAACUCUCCCCAAAUGGUCAGGGAAAUCCUAGAUGCCUAUGGUUUUCAGGGGGACAGCCUGAACAACGAUACGAUGUUGCCUUUGGCGAAAAUCUCUGGUGACUUCAACUUCUUUUUCCCCAUCUACGAAACAGUUUCUUCUUAUGCCAGCUUUGCCAAUCUUCAAGAGAAUCCGCUGUCCAUCUAUAUCUUUGAGUUUGCUGGCCUGAACUCAGUAUCCCUGAUGUUCGGUGGUUCUGCAGAGGACUUUGGCCUGGGAGCAGCGCACAUGGAUGAUGCGCUGCACACCAUAAGGUUGCCGAUUCUCUUCGAGGACUUUCCCAAGGACUCGGUGGAUGCCAAGUUGGCCCAGAGGAUGACUUCGCUCAUAACUGACUUUGUGAAAACGGGGGUCCUCCACGAGGGAUCUACCUGUAAGGCUUACGAUUUGAAGGAUCAAGGAAUGUGCAGCUACUUACACUUUGGUGGCACCACUGAAGCGUACCAGGAAGAUGUUCGCCAGAGUCUGAAGCUCACCGCCUUUCCCUUAUGGAAAAAGAUAUUUAUACUGCUGCAGAUAGCCCAGAUUUCCAUUCAGGCAUUGGGAAACAUCUUGUUUGGAGAGUUUCUUAUUCGUACUUCCACGAUAUACGGUCUUCAGUUCAGCAGCGCGAUAAGUGAAAGUGGAAAGCGUUUUACAAGGAGGAUGAAAGCGAAAGUGCUCUGCUUUCAGUCACUUCGCGGACCGCCGGCGAUGAUUCAACUGGUGCUGCUGCUGCCGCCGCUUCUUCUGGGCCAGCUCUCCGCGGCCUUGACCACGGCGGACCAGCCGGUCACCGUGUGCCCGCCCAGCGUGGGCUGCCUGAAGGGCACCUACCGCCGGGGCUACCAGUCCGAGAGGCACGAGGCCUUCAUGGGCAUUCCCUACGCCCUGCCGCCCGUCGGAGAUCUGCGAUUCAGUAACCCCAAGGUAAUGCCCAAGCUGCUGGGGGUGUACGAUGCCAGGGAGCCCAAGAUGGACUGCAUCCAGAAGAACUAUCUGCUGCCCACGCCGGUCAUCUACGGCGACGAGGACUGUCUGUACUUGAAUGUCUACAGACCAGAGAUCAGAGACUCCCUCUUACCUGUUAUGGUCUACAUCCAUGGCGGGGGUUUCUUUGGUGGCUCUGCAGGACCGGGAGUUACCGGACCCGAGUAUUUCAUGGACUCGGGUGAGGUGAUUCUGGUGACCAUGGCCUAUCGACUGGGUCCAUUUGGAUUCCUCUCCACUGAGGAUGCUGUGAUGCCGGGCAACUUUGGCCUCAAGGACCAGAACCUGGCCCUGCGUUGGGUGCAGCGCAACAUUCGCUCCUUUGGCGGAGAUCCCCAGCAGGUGACCCUUUUCGGCCAGAGUGCCGGUGGAGUGGCCGCCCACAUGCACCUGCUGAGUGCCCGAUCCCAGGGACUCUUCCACCGGGUGAUCAGCAUGAGUGGCACGGCCAAUGUGCCCUUUGCCAUUGCGGAUGAGCCCUUGGAGCAGGCUCGCCUGCUGGCGGAGUUCUCACACAUUCCGGAUGCACGAAACUUGAGUACGGUGAAGCUGACCAAGGCCCUGCGACGAUUGGAUGCCACAAGACUCUUGGAUGCCGGCGAUAAUCUGAAAUUUUGGGAUGUGGAUCACAUGACCAAUUUUCGACCGGUGGUUGAGAAGGGCUUGGAGGCGGAGGCCUUUCUCAGUGAGCAUCCCAAGGAUGUACUGGCUCGGGGAGAACGGGCCCCUGUUCCCCUGCUCUUGGGCACAGUUCCUGGCGAGGGUGCGGUUCGGGUGGUCAAUAUCCUGGGCAACGAGACGCUCCGCCAGAGCUUCAACUCCCGGUUCGACGAACUGCUGCAGGAGCUGAUGGAGUUCCCGCCCAACUUCAGCCAGGAUCGCCUCAGCACGAGCAUGAAACUCCUCGUGAGGGAGUACUUCCAGGAUCGGCAUGAGGUCAACGAGGAGACGGUCCAAGGAUUCAUGGAUUUAAUUUCAGAUAGGGGCUUCAAGCAACCCCUGUACAACACAAUUCGAAGGGAUGUCUGCCAUACCUCGAAUCCUACUUACUUGUACAGCUUCAACCAUCGAGGACCCCUGAGCUAUGCCUCUGCCUACACCUCCGCCAAUGUUACGGGGAAAUAUGGUGUCGUCCACUGUGAUGAUCUUCUCUACCUGUUUCGCAGUCCCCUAAUCUUUCCGGACUUUGAGAAGAACUCCACGGAGGCGAGGGUAAUCCACUCUUUUGUGGAUUAUUUCGUACAAUUUGCCAAGUUUGGAAAACCCAGGAAUGUCGAGUCGCUGACCCCCUGCUCCAGAGAGGUGCUCCAGUCACGUCCUAAUGGAAUAUGCGAUUACCAGGAAUUCGGCAAUGCAGCUACCUCCAAAGGUUUUCAGGUUAACGUGGCCAGCGAGUUCCAAACGAACAGGGUGAAGCUCUGGUCCUAUAUUCUGAAUGAAAGGUCGAAUGACUCUUAACCCUAAGACCCUAGUAAUAAAAUGUAUAUAAAAAGGUUUGCCGUUGAAAGUGACUAGAGUAUAAGGUAAAAUUAUACAGUUGUAGGAAAAUAAAACAAUACCAAAUAUUUA